GACUGGGGUGGGUGGGGGAGAGGAGGGCCCUAAACGAGAGGGGUAUUUUCCUCGCAUGCAAGGCGGGGCUAGAUGCCAGGGGCUCCGUGUUCUCUAGGGGGCUGGGGAUUGGAUCUUUGUUCGGGGUGGAGCGCUGGAGCCAGCUCACAUCCCUCUAGGGAGCUCAGGACCCUGACAGAACAAAAUUGCAGGCACUUUCUAGGCAGGGGACUACUGACUAGUUUGCCCAGAGUCCCUUCCUCUUCCCUGCUCCAGCUCCUGCCCGCUUCUACGAUUGUGAUCCAUCCCUUUCCCCUGACCUUCCGGGAUCCAAGAGGGACACCCUUCCCUCCUGGUCCCCGGCCUAAGUGCAGGAAGACCCUCCCCAAGCAUGUUAGAACAGCGAGAGCAGGCUGGCCCCGAGACCGUGAAGAAAGUUGGCCCUGUGCAAAAGCCACGGGUUAAGGAACGUGCGCCGGGCCGAAGGCGGCGCUGCACGGUGCCAGGAACGCCACUGCUCUUGUGCUGCUACCUGGCUUACCUGGCGUUGGGCACGAGCGUGUUCCGGGCGCUGGAGAGCGGCGCCGCAGGGGACUCCGAGGGGUUCCAGGAAGAAAAGUGGGCACCCCUGCGCAACUACACGUGUCUGGACAGCUCGGCGCUGGACGCUCUAAUCCGGGACAUUAUCCAGAAAUACAGGAGCGGAGUCAUCUUCCCCAGCAACACUACCAGCAUGGGCCGAUGGGAACUAGCAGGCUCCUUCUUCUUCUCUGUUUCCACCAUCACAACCAUUGGAUAUGGGAAUCUGAGUCCCCAAACAAUGGGUGCACGUCUCUUCUGCAUCUUCUUUGCCUUCCUGGGAAUUCCUCUCAAUCUUGUGCUGCUCAAUAGAUUGGGACGCCUCAUGCUUUCCUGGGUUCAGCGUUGGGCCUGUUGGCUUGGUGGGACCCAGAAGAACCAGGCCAGAGCUCGGUGGUUUGUGGGUUCCUGUGCCUUCCUCUCGGGCCUUCUACUCUUUUUCCUGUUACCUCCACUUCUCUUCUCCCACAUGGAAGGCUGGAGCUAUGAGGAAGGAUUCUACUAUUCCUUUAUCACCCUCAGCACUGUGGGGUUUGGUGACUAUGUGAUAGGGAUGAAUCCAGAACGGAACUACCCAAUAUGGUACAAGAAUGUUGUGUCCACGUGGAUCCUCUUCGGGAUGGCUUGGCUGGCCCUAAUCAUCAAUUUGGUCAUCUCCCUGAUGGAGAGUUCAACAGUCCUGUGUCCUUGCAGCCAAAGGUAUCUACUCAGGAUGUGGGCAUCCAACACCAAGCCCCACAGACCAAAAGCAACAACUGGAAAAAGUAGGGGGAAAAUCACCCGUAGUUGAUAAUGGAUAGAGCAAGAUGCCGAGGAUUCAGAUCUAGAAGGAACCUUAGAGAACAUCUAAUCCCCAUUGGGGGGGAACUGAGGCCCAGAGAAGGGAACUGACUUGCCUUAAGUUUCACGUGUGGAGCAAGAAGCAAAGCAGGAAUUGGAAUUCGGACCCAGGUCUUCUGACUCCCUCCCUCCCCGACUUACACUCACCACCACCUAGCUACCAGAUGACUCAUAGUAGAGAUCCUCAAUGAACCGUGACCUGUGACCUCUUCCCCUUCCUCCCUGGCUUCCUUCCAGCCCCCUUUCUUGUGUUAGCCACUCUAGAAAAACAUCCUUUCCAUCCUCCACUAUCCCCACCCCCACACUUGCAUCAAAGCUCCAUGUAACUCACCCCCCCAGAGAAUAAAAAUCAGAGGCAGAAAUAGAGUGUCAGAAAGAAAAGCUCACUGUGUAGAACUAUGGGAGAAGAAAUAAAUAUGUUUGUUUAAGAGAGACAUAAACUCAUCCAGGGCAGGGAGUCUAACUUCUAUCUUUGAAUCCCAAAUGCCUAUUAGAAUGCUUAAAGAUAUGCUUAAUAAAUCUUAAGUUGAAUACAAAGUGGGGUGGUGUUUGCUGCCCAGGCUUUGGAGGGCUUUGAAGUUUGGGUAGAUCAAGUGCAGUGUGAAUGGAUUGAUGCUGUUGUUGCAGCUGCUGCAAAAGGCAGUUUAAUCUAGUGUACUGAGAGCUGCCCUCAGAGCCAAGGAGACCUGGACUCAGGUCUCCCUCUGAUACAUAUUGGCUAUGUGAUCUGGACUAAUUAUUUAAUCUCUCCAUGCUCUAAACCAAGCCAGAAGUGUCAAAUUCGAAGGCCUGGGGCCACUUUGCAGAAAGACCCUCCAGAGAGCAUAGCCAGAACCAGCUUAAAAUGUAAAUGGGAAAUACUUAACAAAAUAAGGAGAAAUAUAAUGUUCAUAUGUGUUUUUCUAAAUUAAUAUACUGGGGCAAGUAGGUGAUACAGUGGAUA